AUGAGUUCAAUUGACAGCGACUCUCACCUUCUUGAGCAGCCCUCCACAGACUCAACUGACAGCGGCUCUGCCCUCCUUGAGUAUCUCGCGACAGAGUCAAUUGACAGCGAGACUGACCUCCCUGAGUACCCCUUCAACGAGGAACAGAGACGCUAUCUUCGCAUCGUUAACCAGACCACUCCGCUGUCUGAUACCAUCCGCGCGCAGGCUUUGCGCCCUUCGAGGCCUCCCAAGAGGCGCUACCUCAGCCGUCUUACUGAUUAUUUCAUCCCUACCACCAAUCCACCCAGCCUUCCUGGAGACAAGGUCAAGACACGUACCAAGAUCUACAGAGGACUGGCUCGUCUCUUCAACCAGAGUAGCACGAGCCUUGCCGAGCUCUCUUCUGCAACCAAGGAGAAGUUCAAGGACUUCAAGCUCGCCAGAUCCAAGAGCACUUUCAACCUCCCGGGUCUUGUGUCACCACCAUCGUCUCCUUCGAGCAGCACCACUACGACCCUUCCGUCUCGUUCAGUGGGUCUCCCUCAAGCAACCGAGAGCUGGAGUCUGCCUACUUCAUACUCCGAGAGCGCACUCUUGAUGCACAGCACCGAAAUCUUGCCAAUCGAGCCAUCAUCAAAAUGGAACAGAGCUCGCCGCAGUCUGCGCGCCGUUCCUCAGAGGCAAGAAAAACUGAAUGGCAUCAAAUCUCCGCGUACGCGCUCUUCGAGCGGCCAUUGGUCUUCAUCACACCGCUCUACUACCGACGCCAAUGGCAGUCCUGCAGCAUCACGUCUACACGCAAUGAAUUCAUCAAAAGCUUCGCCCUCGCCUCAGUCAUCUCACAACUUCGAUCCUAUUACACCCCCUCCAAACUCUCUUGAAUCUCCUCACGUCUUUAAGCCUGUCAUUCCUCCUUCAACCCCGACCGGAUCCUCGCAUCUCUUUAGACCGGUCACAGCCGCUGCUUCGCCCAAGUCGAAGUCAGCACACAAUUUCAAACCCGUGAUCAUCAACAGGUCACAAUCUCCUAAUCCUCAGCACAACUUCAAACCUGUCAUCAUCAACAAGUCGCAAUCUCCAGAGUCUCCGCACAACUUCAAGCCCAUCAUUGUCGAUGAUCUAGCGACACCCAUCUCUCCCCAUACCUUCACACCCAUUCAAACCGCUCCUUCGCCUUCCUUGAGCUCAUUUUUCAAGUCUAAAAGCAACGCCCACGCUGACCUGAACGUCAACAUUGGCUUCUCUUUCUGCGUCCCGGCUUCACCACCAGUCCACACCGAACCUUCGCCUGUUGUACCUGAGCCGUCCUCAACCGAUCCAAGCCGUCCUCUGCCUUUCAAAACUCGUUAUCAGCCUUACGUUCCACGUCCCUACGUUGAGGACGAGGAAGUCACCUUUCCCAAUGGACUCGAUGGAGACAACCCCUAUAAGCGUCCUUACGGUGGAGGCGGGCGCAAUGACGCCUAUCACCUUCAUGAGAGAUUGACGACCGCGCAGCUCCUGGUUGAUCCAUAUGCUAAGCUACCCAAGCCACCCAAGAAACCUAAGAAGGAGAGUAGUGCCAAUCACUACGGUGGACGUUCCGCAUCUCAGAGAGAGUCCACAAGAUAUGUGCACCGUGUUAUCAAUGGCGAAUCUCGGGAGAUGUACGAGAUGGACGAUCUUUCCCCUCCCACAUUCGAAUCACCAAACAUCGCUUUCGAGACCGCCCCUGAUGACACUCCCAAGCCUUUCGUGGGCACGGCUGCUACUAUCCUGCAGAGGGUCAGAGAAGAUCUCCAGAUCACGCACGUCAAGGGGUACGAUCCCGCCAGUAACGUCUACUUCUACGAGCAGGCCUAUGUGCCUCGUUUUUCGAAGCACUCUCUGCGCCCAUCUAAGCGCAUGUUCAGCAUCAGAAACUUUCUCAAUCGCCGCCUAUAUGGCAGACCAGGUGACGGCACCAACUUGCUCCUGCCCCAUAUCCCUUUCGAAGUCAAGAUCCCUGGCGUAGACAAAGAAGACAAGGCCGAGCCCGAGGCAGAGCCCGUCAUCAAAAAAAAGGAGAAUCCCUUUGCUGGCCACCGUAACUUUCUUGAUGACGAGUGGAAAGCUCAAUUGAAGGAGGCACAGGACGCCCGAAAGGCACAACAGAAGAAGAGGGCCCGCGAGCUGGAGAAGAAGAUAAAGGAGGAGAAGAAGGCCCGUGGCCACUUCUAUUCUUUCAGACAGCAUCUCGAAGAGCAAAAGCUCGCCAGAGCAAAAAAGAACUAUGAGAAGGAUGUGGAAGAGGAGGCUAGAAAGGAGAGGAUGAAAGCUCCUGAGCCUUCCUUCCCUCCUGAUGACCUUUUCAACAAGCCUGAGCCUGUUGAGCGCCAGGAUUUCGCAUUUGCACAAAAUGCAUACGAGAAGCAAAGAGCCAUUGCUCUGAAGGAAGCAAGAAGCGGCAAGAAGAAGGUUUCUUUCUCCGACUCUGUCUCCGAUUACACACCCAGACCGGUUGAUCUACGCCACAACUUCCUUCACGGCCAUGAUUCUACUGAAAUUGAUAUGGAUUACAAUGCUUUGUCCACUGAUGAUUCUGCAAUGGAUCUUGUUCCUCGUUCCAGAUCAAACAGUUCUUCUAGCAGCAGCCUCGUCUCGCAUUGUGAGACGGCUAACCAUCCCUCACUGGUCGUGGCCGUUCACCCAGCCACGUACCCAGCAGACAUGGCCAAGAAUCUCUUGCGUUGCCAAAAACUGCUCCACUACUGGAAGACGGGCGAGAAUCAGCCCGAGGAGGCAGACAGUGAAGAAGUGCGCCAGCGCAACCUCAGAGCUGAAAAUAUAUUGGUAACAGAUUUCCUGAAGAAGCACGAGUCAACUCCAGAGAAGCCAAUCCAGCCCGUGGCAGCUGAAACUCCGAGAUACAUUGCGACAAAGUCUUUGGGCAUCUCUCCUCCUCGCCUUCGUACUCCUGACCGUUACAAGAGUUAUACCUUUGAAGAGGCCGAGCAACUUGUCACCCCAAAGUCUCCUCAACAAUGCCAAUUUGAAGAAGAUCAAGCUGCUACUCCUCGACGCUAUCAUCUUCCUUCAGUAGAAGAAGUAUCCGACAGUGAGGACGAGAAGCACACCACCGAUCUCUCCAAUGCUCUCAGAGAGUUUUUGUGA